AACGCCAUAUUGUGUAUGCAGCGCGGGUCAGUGGCGCGUGUAUAUGGGUCUUUCCGUGUGAUCUUCUCUUUCGUGGCGAACGACAGGGGUGCAUGAAUCUGUCUCUCGAUCUGGUGAUACAACGGGAUAAUAUUCGUGCGCGUACACGAUGGAUCCGGCUAAACUGAAAGUGGUGGAGUUGCGUGCAGAGUUGUCUAAACGCGGACUCGAUUCCAAGGGCAACAAGCCAGUGCUCGUCGAGCGGCUACGCAAGGCGCUGGAGGAGGAGAAUGAGCAAGAGUAUCAAGAGUCAUCAGUUGUGCAUGCAGAAAAUAUAGAUGACACAACGUUGAAAGAAACACAAGAAAGAGAGGCUACACGAUCUUCACAGUCACCGAGAACGCCUAGUAGGGCGUCCAGAAGCUCCUCGAGCUCUACAAGCUCUGUGGUAUCUCCGAUAAAAAUUUCUACAAGAAAUGCAUCAAGGACGGUUACAACUCCAAAUUCAUCAAAGCAAUUCACUUCGAGCAAACUUCAAUAUGUUGACAAAGCAUAUGAGAUAGCGACAAUAUCAGAGUCUACCUAUGACGAACCUGUAGUACAACAAGCAAAAAUAUUAAAGUCCCCUGAAAAAUACAGAGAAGAGCAAGAAGACUAUGCAUCAAAUAUUGUUCAAAACAAGAUUUAUUCAUCACCAUUAGCAGAAUCUCAGCAGGGACAAGCAAAAUACAUUAAUACUUUAGAAGAUAAAUACGAAGCAAAUGUUCCCCAAGUACCUGCGACACAACCGUCUGAGAAAUCUAGUACAAUUGCAUAUGUAGAUCAAUUUUCUAUAACUCCAGGAGAGCAUGAAACAAAAGGAUCUAAUGUACGCGAAGUUGAUGUAGAUCAGCAUCCUAUAGGAGAAAUACAAGAUCUUACAAAACUGAAAGAAAAGACAGAGAUUAAAGAUGUCAACAUAGUACAAAGUACUUUUGAAAAGAAUAUUGAAGAGAAAAUUUCAGUUGAGAAAGAAAAUGUUAAAUACAUAGAGGAUACAUAUAAUGUUAAACAUAAUAUAGACAUUCCUGAAGCUGAACAACCAACACAUGCGAUAUCUCGUCAAGUAGAUAAAACAUGUGAUAUUGAAUUAAAAAAUGAAGAAAAGAAUAUUGAUAAGGAUUAUGCAGUGCAAAAUGAACAAAUAAAUGUUUCAAUGGAAGAUGUAGAUGAGAAACCUGAUAUUCCACAAGAUGAACAGGAGGUAGAAAUGACUGAAGUAAAAAAAGAUGUCAAGUUAGAUGCGGAAGAAUCAAGUCAAAAGGAAUACAAUGACAGGAAAAGAAAAAGAUCUUCUAGCCCGGUAGAAGUGCAUCAGGUGUCUCUUGCACAAGACAAAGCGGAGAACGAGCCAGAUUUUGACGAAUCUGCAGUGAUUUUAUCAUGGUAUGACUCCGACUUGAAUUUGAUUAUUAAUAAGCAAGGAUUUCUCUCUGCUAUGCCUAUGCACGACAAUGAUUUCUGUCAUCUAUGGGCUGGUGCCCGAGCAUCUUACGGCUUUAUAAACGGAAAAGUCUACUACGAAGCCAAAAUCACAGAGCAACAUUCUAACGUCGCAAAAGACGAGAAAUGUUCGCAUAUUCUCAGAGUCGGUUGGUCGGUUCCUCACACGUCUAUGCAACUUGGUGAGGAGACUCUGAGCUACACGUAUACGAGCACCGGACAGAAGGGAACCGAUAAGAAGUUUACGGAUUACGGUUCGCAGUUCGGCAAGGAUGACGUCGUGGGAUGCUACCUCGACAUGACGCCCGAGAAUACGGUAGAAUUGUCAUACACCGUAAACGGCAAAGAUCUUGGAUCCGCGUUCAGUAUCCCUAAGGAGGAGCUUGGCGAUAGACCAUUGUUCCCGCAUAUUCUUAGCAAAAACUGUACAUUUGUGUGCAAUUUCGGACAAGAGAAGGCGUGGUACGAACGCAUUCCGGAGUACACAUUGGUGGGUCAAAUCGAAUCGAAAGAUAGAAUCGCUGGUCCGCGCAGACCGGAAAAUAAAGCGGAUUGCGAAGUUAUAAUGAUAUGCGGUCUACCCGCGGCGGGAAAAACCACUUGGGUUAGAAAACAUGUAGCCGAACACCCUGACAAAUCUUACAACAUUUUAGCACUCCACAAUUUAGUUGAAAAGACAGGGGACGUUGCUUUAUCGGAUAAAGAACAAAAUUCAUCUAGACGAGAAGUUAUUAUUGACAAAUGUAACCGGGCGCUCGACCAACUGAUUGACGUGGCGAGUGUCAGAAGACGUAAUUACAUCUUGGACGGGAAGAGCAAUGUGUAUUCUUCCGCGCAAAGGCGUAAGAUGCGGAAUUUCUGUGGAUAUCAGCGGAAAGCUGUCGUUGUCAUACCAACGGACGAAGAGUACAAGCAACGUCUGUCCACGCACGGUGCAAUCGAAGGAAGUGCCUCAGAGUCCAAUAUUAUGGAAAUGAAAGCAAAUUUCACUGCGCCUUCGGUGGGAGAGUCUUUCAACGCAGUGAAAUGGAUCGGACUCAAUGAGGCGGAAGGCAAAAAGCUCAUUGAGAAAUAUAAUAAAGAAGGUAAAGAAGCUGGAUUUAGUCAACAGCCGACGGCGAAACGACCGCGUCUCGAGAAGACGGAGAGCAACAGGGAAACGCGUGACUCACGAAACAGUCGUGAUAAUCGAAGAAAUAAUUAUCAAGACAGAGGUCGCAACUCUCCUUGGCGCGGCCCCAACAUGGGAGGCUGGAGAGGUGAGAGGCCGCAAAGAGGUGGAUAUAUGAGACACUCUGGUGGCUACGGACCUCCCGCCCCGUGGAGGGCACGCGGAGGACGAGGAGGACCCGCGAUGAUACGAGGACCGGACAGAAGACAAGGAAACGUUGACCGAAGACAAGGAAAUGACAGAAACCGAUCUGCAGUGUCCAGACAAGGGAGCUGGGGUCCCAUGAGCAACUAUCAAGGAUCGCAAGGAUCGUCCAAUUGGAGUCAACAGGACAAUUGGUCGGGUAGCAGCCAGUCUCAAGGAAGCUGGAGCCAGCAACAAGGCGGUUGGGGUCAGCAGCAAAGUUGGGGAGGCGGCUGGAAGGGAUACGGUCAGAGCACGUACAGCCAGGGAUACGGCAAUCAGCAGGGAUACGGCAACGGUAAUUGGAGCAACUGGAAUCAACAGUAUUACAACAACCAGUAUUGGGGCCAGCAACAGCAAAGCGGACAGACUACUGCAGCUGGCAGCCAAGCUGAGAUCACAAGCGAUAAGGUUGCAACAACCUCUGCCAAUGCGGGAGCAGGAUAUAAUUAUUCACAAGGAUAAUUGAGUUUCAUGCGAGGACGAACUGUAUCCACCUCAAAGUACCGUGGCAGCAAUCAUCACGCAACUCAUUCAUAUGAGUAAGAAAAGUAUAUUUAACGUAUUUUAUGCGAGACUUGUUUUGUUGCGAGAAAGUUAACCACUUUAGUACGAACAGGACUUUGUCAAAUUUAAAUAUUCAUAUAUAAGUAUGUAUACUGAUAUAUGAAUAUAUAUAUAUAUAUUGCGUACAAUUUGUGCAUGAAUUACGAGUUUCUUGCAACAUAUAAUUCUCAUAUAGAAUAUUAUACCACGUGUAACAGCGGUUAUUGCGCCUUCACAGCUGCAGCACGAUUCUUUCAUUUCUCAUGCAUAAGAAGUCUCUUACGUAAGAGAUGCUUGCAACGGUAAUUUUUUUGCGCACUAGAGAUGAAAGAACCGAUACCAGCGAGUUCCGAAGAUUCUUACCGGACACACAGGUCUAAUAAUCUAAGUGCAUUAACGAUAAUGUAACAUUCGCGGGAAAGAAUGAAUAUAUAACUUUUUAUCGCACCUUUCAAAAUCAUUCAAAGGAGAGGAGAAACGGAAAAGAGGAAGAGUACUACGUAUGGGUACAAACCAUGCAAGUAGCAUUAAGAGUCGAAAGAAAAAAAGAAAGAGAUAGUAAUUAUACCCUUUAAAAGCACUUUGUAAAUAUGUACAGAUUGAAAGUAAAAAAGAAAAAAUUAUGGCAUACAAAUAUCAAUCUAUUUAUACACCGAAUAGAAAUACAUAACGAAUUUGGUUGGAUGCGCAUACUAGUGUGCCGUGUCUAGCUAUUCAUACAUCAUGUUUCAGAGUUGUGUUUGAAAAUUCGACAUCUUGAAGUAUUUGAUAAUUGUGAGAGAGAUAAUUGUGAGAGUAACAAAAGGAAAUAUAGAAGAAUAAAAAAAUAAAUAACAGCUCAUAUAAUAAAUCAAUUGAUAAAAAUCUUUUGGAACUUUUUGUUAUUUGUUUAUUAUAAUCUAGUUUCGUGCAUAUGCAUUAAAUUUGUGUCGGUAUAAAUUAGGCCUGUGAUGUAUAAAUAUCUAAAUACGACUAAAUUAUCUAAAAUUGAGGCAAGUACGUAUAAGAAAAUAUUCCUGAUCGCCUGUGUACAUAGAUUAACGCAUAGCACAUUAUAUGCACAGCAUAUAAAGCGAUUUGAACCGCUAGAUAAUUAGGAUAAACUAUACUGUUUGGUACACUACAUAUAUGUUGAGCAUUUUAUCUCAAUCACUCAUAUUUUUGCAUAGAUCAAUGUACAACAGACAAUCUGCGCCAAUGCGCAGAUGCACCAAGCAUCUAACCGAAUUUGUUAAGCCAGCAUCAGACUAUGCAAUUUUUCUAUGCAUAUUCUAUCAGACUGCAACGCAGCGACUUAAUUGCCUCAACUUAUUAGUUGCAGCAACUGUGACUUACCGUGCAACUAGCAAGUAACAUUUCUAACAAAGUUUUAGAUGUAAACUAAACUAUUGUCAACUACAGAAUAAAAUAUUACGAUUAUGUUGGCACGACAUAUGAAAUACUGUUGUCUCUUUAAAGCAAAUAUAUAAAAACAAAAAUAUUACUACAAUUGCAUGCAACCAGUUGCUAGAAUUAGAAGUGGAUCUAAAAAAUCUUGUGCAAUUACUGCAAUCAAAUUGCUCCUAUAAAUUGUACAGUAUGAUAAUGAAAAAAUUGCGGCAAUCGAAUUGCUGCAACAAAUUGCAUAGUCGGAUACAGGCUUUAAUAGCGAAACCUCUAGCGGUGCCCUUUUAGAAAGAAGAAAAAUAUGUAAAGGUAGACAUAUAUUGUAUAUUGUUUACCUAUCUUUAUCUCUCCCUACACUACCAAUGAUGUAUAAAGGAGGCAAAUAUUAUGGUGCAAAUAAAUUAUUCUUGGACACACGUUUUUUAUACACGCAAAUUUUUCAUUGCACGACUCGAUACGAACAAAGUCUUGCUCCGACAAAUAGCUUUAUUUAUUCUGAAUAAUUCUAGAUGUAUUUUUUAUCUUCGAGUUAUAUAAAGUGUACACUCUUUCUCUAUUAUCAUUAUAUUGUUCGCAUGUAUAAAUAUGGUUCUGCUGAUUAUGAUUCUUUUCGACACCGAGAAUGGCAUUUUCUACAUGUUUAAUUUUGCACAUUCUGUUUCACGCGAUGCUCGAUUCAUGAUGCAUUUGUUACCCUACGUACUUCCUCUGCUAGGAUAACUCGAUUUACUUACAUCCUCUUGAGAAAAUAUGUAACAAAGUGCGAAUACCUCACGAUGUCUAUCUUCACGGAACUUUGUUCGUUUCUAUCAGCUGCACCUUGUACGUCGAUGAUAUAUUUUUAUAUAUAAAUACCAUUUAUAUAUAUAUAUAAAUACGAUGUUUGUUAACAUCGUUGUUAACUGAAAAUAUAAUUGCGCGAAUCGGUCGCUCAUAUUCAUAUGCGAAUUCACAAUCUAUUAUAUAAAUUAAUGAUUGUACGAUUUAGUGACGAUAAGUGCGACUUGUGUCAAACAUCCGCAACGCUUUUUAAAUUACGUCAGUCGAAAUCUUUGAAAGAAUUAUGAAUAAUAAGCGGAUGAUUUCUUUUCUCACGAUUUUAAUUAUUCAUAAACGAUCCCUUAUUUUUACGUUCGAAGAAAAUGAAUGUCUCAUUAGCUCGCUCUUUUGUUCUCCGUACAUAUUGUACAGUGUGUGAUGUUCCGAGCUGAAGUAUUUCUGUGUGAAAUCGAAAAUAAUUUAAUAACUGAAUAACUAUACGCAAAGUUAGAUAUAAUUAAAAGAUAAUUAGAAUAUAGAGGAAGAGAGAGAAGAGAGUGGGUAGGCGAGAGGAGGGUGGAGUUAUUUUUUAAGGAAUAUUAGAAGCUCUAUUUAACCAACACACGUAACAUAUGCUAGUACCUCUGUGUUACCAUAAGCGAAAGAUGAAAAAUAGAGCCACUAUGUUCGUGGACUGCAUUGUGUAAUCACGCAUAUAUAGUAAUUUUUUUCUAUACAACGGAAAACCAAGAUUAGCAUAUAAUCUGUAAACUUAAUUGUUGACACAAAAAUGUACAAACUUAUUCAUAAAAAUAAAAAGUUCUUCUAUUUA